AAGUGAAUGAUAUAUUUAGUUAAGGCUUGAACUUUCAUGAGAAAUGAUUGCUAUUUAUGAAAGAAUUUUUUGUUAAAAUUAUUAAACUCGCUAUGAAUCGUAACUUAAUUUCAUUUUGUAUACAAAAAAAAUUAAGUAAAUUCAAACAGAUUAGUAAUCGUAAUUAUUACACUCAAGAUGGUAUCUAUGGAUGUAAAUUAAAAAAAGCUCAUUAUUAUGAUGCUCUUCAAGAUGUUUUAGAAAAUCGAAACAAGUUCAGUAACUUUUAUAGACUAGUAACUGCAUACCGAGAACAUGCUCAUAAACAAGCUAACAUAGAUCCUGUUGCCUUGUCAAGUCCAUCGAAACUCAUAGAACUAGAUCCACAACGAUAUGGACUAGAUUUAAAAGAUAUUAUAGAAUUUAAAGGACUAUUAAACACAUCGAAAACUAAAGGAACAGUUGAAGAAGCAUUAGACAUUUUAAAUAAUGUUUAUUGUAAAUUUAUCGGCGCAGAGUUCACUUACCUCGAGACACAAGAAGAACGAGAAUGGUUUGCUGAGCAAUUGGAAAAUGCAAAUAAUAAUACUGUGGAUGAUAAAACACAAAAAUCAGUUCUAAAAGAAAUGUUAAAGAGCCAAGUAUUUGAUGAAUUUUUGGCUGUAAAAUUUGUUACUAUAAAAAGAUACAGUGGCGCUGGAGCCGAAUCAAUGAUAGCAUUUUUAUAUGAAUUCUUUCAAAAAUGUGCUGAACAUAAUCUGGAAAAUGUUGUUAUGUGUAUGCCACAUCGAGGAAGACUUGCUGUACUCACGGGAUUAUUAAAGUUUCCACCAGAAAAACUCUUCCGGAAAUACCGUGGGCUUCCAGAAUUUCCCGAAGACGUAAAAGCAAUUGGUGAUAUACCAAGUCAUUUCGUUGCGUCUGAAGAUCUCGAAUUUAAUGGAAAAAAAGUUCAUGUUACGAUGAUCCCAAACCCAAGUCAUUUAGAAGCUGUAAAUCCAAUAUCUAUGGGAAAAACGCGAGCAGUAAUGCAAACAAUUCAAGAAGGAGGAUAUUCUAAAGAUCAAAAAUCAUAUUGGAGCGAUAAAGUCAUCAAUCUUCAAAUUCAUGGAGAUGCAGCUUAUGCUGGACAAGGUGUGAAUCAAGAAUGUUCAGCCCUUAGUGCAGUUCCUCAUUUCACUAUUGGUGGAAGUAUUCAUUUUAUAGUAAAUAAUCAACUAGGCUUUACUACUCCAGCUUCAUGGGGAAGAUCUUCAAGGUAUUGUACAGAUUUAGCGAAAUCAAUAAGCGCACCAGUACUUCACGUAAAUGGAGAUGAACCUGAAGAAGUGAUUAAAGCAACUAGAAUAGCAUUCGAAUAUCAAAGAAAAUUUAGAAAAGAUGUUUUCGUUGAUAUGAAUUGCUUCAGACGAUGGGGCCAUAAUGAAAUGGAUGAACCAUCAUUAACUAAUCCAUUGAUGUAUAAAAUUAUUAAUGAUCGAAGAUCAGUUCCCGAUCGAUAUCGUGAAAAAUUAGAGUCUAGAUAUAUUGUAAAUAAACAAGAAAAUGAGCAAAUCAUAUCAGAAUAUCAUGCUUCUCUAAUAAAUGCUCUAAAACAAGUAGAUAAUUAUAUUCCUCAACCAUCAUAUUUUACUCAUCAGUGGGAAGGAUUCCAGCAAGCCCAAUCGACUCUUACUACUUGGGACACUGGAGUAGACUUAAGUUUAUUGCAUUAUAUUAUCAAUAAAAGUGUCACAUUAAAGGAUAACUCGAAAAUUCAUCCAAGUUUAUUGAAAAGUCAUGUUCAAGCAAGAUUAAAUAAAUUGGAAAGUGGAGAACAUUUAGAUUGGGCAACUGCUGAAACAGCAGCUUUUGGAAGUUUAUUAUAUCAAGGAUAUAAUGUAAGAGUUAGUGGUCAAGAUGUGGGACGGGGCACAUUCUCUCAUCGUCAUGCUAUGAUUGUUGACCAAUCAACAGGAGAAAUUCAUAUUCCAUUAAAUUCAAUGGCAGAAGGACAAACUGGUCAAAUAGAAUUAGCUAAUAGCAUUUUAUCAGAAGAAGCAGUACUCGGUUAUGAGUAUGGAUUCAGUAUAGCUACACCUUCGACUUUGACUAUUUGGGAGGCUCAAUUUGGCGACUUUUUUAAUGGAGCACAAGUUGUUAUAGAUACAUUUGUAACUGGUGGGGAAACUAAAUGGAUGCUUUGCAGUGGAUUAACAAUAUUGUUACCACAUGGAUAUGACGGAGCUGGUCCAGAACAUAGUUCGUGUAGAAUCGAAAGAUUUUUACAACUAACUGACAGCAAAGAAGAUGCCCCUGAUGGUGAUAAUGUUAAUAUUCAGGUGGUUAAUCCUACUACACCGGCUCAAUAUUUUCAUGUUCUCCGAAGACAGAUGGUAAGAAAUUUCCGAAAACCAUUGGUGAUUGUCGCACCAAAAAUUUUAUUGCGACAUAAAUCAGCAACAUCAUCAUUAACUGAAAUGGCCCCAGGCACUUGUUUCAAAAAUGUUAUUGGUGAUGAUAAAGUUGAUGAAUCGAAAGUAGAAAGAGUAAUUUUAGUUAGUGGAAAACAUUAUUAUGAAUUAAUAAAACAAAGAGAAAUAAUAGGAUCACAAAAUACUGCAAUUGUAAGAGUAGAAAGUCUUUGCCCAUUUCCACUAAUGGAGCUAAAUGAUGAAUUAAAUAAAUAUCGAUAUGCCCGGCAGUUCAUUUGGAGUCAAGAAGAACCACAAAAUAUGGGGGGUUGGAGCUUUAUAAAGCCACGUUUUGAAAAUUUAUGCGGAAAGCGGUUAAAAUAUUGCGGACGAGAAGCAUUAGCAACACCAGCAGUUGGUGUUGGUCAAAUUCACGAUCGAGAAGCACUAGAAGUUAGUGUUAAGCCGUUCAUUAUUAAAUAAAAAAAUUAUAUUUUAAAUCAAAUAAUUAUA